AUGACCCUGUUUCAUUACCAGCGUGGUGUUACCUCGGGAUGUGGCUUGGGGUUGGCGUUCAGAGUCAACUUCACCUUCUCUCUCAUGCCCCAGUUUGGUACUGCUGGGUCCAAUGGCUUUGCACUUGUCAUAGCAGCAAAGCCCAAGGUGGGGAAGCCUGCUGGUGUGGGGUACAGUGGAUCGGGACUUCGGAGCAUAGCCGUUGUCUUUGACACGCUUCCGAAUGAUGUGGGUGAGCAGCACGUGGGGCUGUGCAUCAACGGCACAGAGGAGUGUUUGGUCAAGGAGGUGUCUCCAUUCACACUGACCGAUGGCGACACAUACAAGGUGUGGGUGGACUAUGAGCCUGGGGAUCCCGGCACCAUUCAAGUGUUUCUGGCCGGUUCGAAUACAAAGCCAGACGAGCCACUGCUGCUGGGGAGGGUGUCGCUGUGUGCGGUGCUGCAGCCGGGAGUGAAGCACCCGACAUUCUCGUUUGGGUUCGUUGCAUCCACCACUGUGAAGCCCUUCCAGCGGCUAGGCAUCCUCUCCCAAGCUGCACGCCCAAGCUGCCUUUAG